AUGACGUCCCGCAAACCCCGGCGACCGAACACUAUCAACAAUCACCGUCUAAAUACCCAACAGGGUGCUCCGCAGCCCUCGGAUUACGAAUCGGAUUUUCAGAACUAUUUCUCUGAUACGCAACAACCGUCUGAUCAACAAGAAUCGUCCAUGUCCGCCCCUCCCUUGCGCUCCAACGAAGAGUUGAACCUCGCCGUUCUUCGCCGUCAUAACCCCUCGGUAAAUACGAUCCUGUCACUGGCACCUUAUGCGGUCGUCUACAUAUUCAGCCCAGCUACGCGACAAUGGGAAAAGAGCGGGGUUGAGGGCACAUUAUUUGUCUGCCAGCUGACACAGGGGAAUCUGGGGGAGGAACGAUAUAGUGUUUUUGUGCUCAACCGGCGAGGACUGAAUAAUUUUGAUGUCCUGUUGACCGAUGGUGAGAAUGUGGAACUCACAGAAGAAUAUGUCAUCCUCAAGACGGAUUCCAACAAUGACACGAUGAACAAUAACAGUGUCACCGGCUCCAAUUCUUCCAACAAUGUCAGUGGACCUGACAAGAGCACUGCCCUACGAAUCUACGGCCUUUGGAUCUACUCCGAACCCCCGCCUAACUCUACCGCUGAAACUCGUAGCAUUAAUGCUCAGAUGAUUCGUGAAUGUGCUGUUCAUGCAGGCCACAGUCUCAGCCUAGCGCGUGAGCGACUGGAAGCAACCCACCAAAAUGGUUUGCAUGUUGCUGCUGCUACCGCCGCCGCUACAACCGCGGGAGCUCCUCUCGAUGAGGAGCCGUCGAGCGUUCCUAUGGGUCGGCAGGUCUCCCUCAAGGAUCUCUUCGGGCAGCAACGGGCACAAGAUGACGGAUGGAGCGUGAGAGCACAUAGCCUGGGUCCAGAAGAUUGGAUGCAUCAACCUCAGUAUUCGGGAAUGGGGGCCCCAGCGCCAGGACCACGGCCACAACCACAGUCAGAUGUACUUGGCGAUCUAUUUCGGAGGGCUGGGCUCGCUUAUCAGGGUGAGAAUUCUUGA